CUCAUGUCCUUUCAUCAUAUUUUCACACUAGUAGGUUCAAUGCAACGUCGCAUCUACGUAGUAAUGUGUAAUCCACGAAGAUGAGUUCUUUCUCAGCUGUUUGUGGAGGAGUCAGUCUGCCGUUCGGCGAUGCCCAGACGUCCAGUUCCGCUCAUGGGAAUGCAUGUCCGUCUGUAGCACCUUCUGGCAGUAUGCGGAGGUCUUGUGACGAAACGUCGUCGUCAACUUCGUCAAGCUCUACCUCCAGUUGUAUAUGCAGUUCCACCAAGGAAGGAAGUAUGUUGUUAAGGUCGUGUACCAGAAGAAAGAUAGACGCUACAUGUUGUGGGAAGCGAAAACUGAGUUCAAGAUCAACUCCGGAAAGCAAUAUCAUCAUGUCCACGUCUGGCAGUUCACUUUGCGAAAGCGACCGCGAUUCGGAAGAUUCAAGGAAUAGAAAGAGACCACGGCGAGGGGAGGAUGCCAGAAGGCAGAAGACUCGCACGACAAGGCCUUCGUGGAAAAGACAUCCUUUUUCGUUACCGUCUUCUAUGACUUCAACUGCAAGCACAAGUUCGCGUCAACAUCCUUUCGGCUCAUGGCCAAGUUCUUGCGUGCGACACUAUUUUACUGUCCUUUGUGCUCUUUUACCCUCCCUGGCUCUCAUGGCACACGCUUUCGGCUGUUUUUCGGAUUAUAGCAUGUCGUGGUGCAACAAUCACACCGAAGAGAGUUGCAUACACGACUACACAAUAUCUGUGUCGCAUUUCCAACGAAAACUGGACGCGUACUAUCUGGAAAACAAGCGGCCGCCACUGAUGGAAGCUUAUUUCAUGACCAAAACGCCACGAGUUUACCAGAAAGAAGUGGUACUGGAAGCAACUGGCCGUAACCACUGAUUUGAAGGCAUUAUAAAAUGAUCAGCUGGGUGGUGAUUUUGUCUUGUUCGCGUAUGAAGAUCCACUAGUACUUCACGUUUAAUCCGCAAAUUUUUGUUGCACGACUAGCAUUCAACAACUCGGAUUGGUGCAAGAACUUGAAGUCCAACAGCAUGAUCCAUCAAUCAAAUAGAAAUAUAUUGAGUGUUGUAACAUCUAUACCAGUUCCUGGAAAGCGACUGCGCGCCACCGCUGAUCAUGGCAUUUCUGCUUGUGGCGGAAGCUCGGCUAGACUUCGAUCCGAAUGCGAUGGCUUAUUACGAGUACGGCCUUCAGCAAAUGGACCUCGUCAGCGCAGAUCAGCGAUACUUGCUAGAACACACCACAACGUGGCCGUUGCAGAAGGCAAUCGAUCAUUAUGAAGAAAAAUGUGCCUAAAAAGGUGGUGAGUGCACUUGCAACAAGUGCUUGUCGUGAGUACCUGGACAAGUAUUGAAGAAAGAUGCAUAGCAGUGUGCUGUCUUUCUAGUACUGAAGUAGAAGGUAUACCGUAGAAGAGAUGUGCCCGUGGGUCGUGGGCAUGACUUCCAGAUUGCAUGAUCAACAUUCUAGAUCUUUCUAUUUAGACGUCUAUUUCCCCUUUUCUCUCCUUUCAGAUCGAGAUCCACAAGAAGGAGCAGCGCAUAUUAGCUUUGCAGCAGGCUCGUGAGAAGGACGUCAUUGUGGUGGAUUUCGUGAUGAGCCAUUGCAAGGAAAAGGAUCUUUCUUGGAUAAACAAGAAGUUGCGUGGAGCGAUGAAGGAUGUUGUAUUAUGGAUACUUUUUGCGAACGUAAUGCAUCCUCAGUGUGCAAUCAUCCUUAACCCGUCCUUGACGUAGUGGGAGCAGCAAUUCUUCAAGGAGCGAUGAUACUAGAUUGUAAACAAGGGAGAAAGAGGGCCAGGGUCGACACCGACGAGAAUGCAACUAGUGCAGUAGGACUCUAAUUCAGGCGCGUCUCUUCAUUUACGAAAAGUGCCAUCAAAAUACACCGACAGAGGAGUUCGCAGACCUCUUCUAUGAAAUCUACAUCGUUGCAGUUCCGGAUCCAAGCUUCGUCGCACGGGGAGACGAGUGCAGCGCCUACUUGAGCCACAUAACAUACAGGUAGUUUUCUGUAGAUUUUUUCUAUUCACUAACCCAUCGUAUGGGCUUAGCUCUUGGCUGAAUCAAUCUCCUUGUGAUGGUGGGUACUAAAACAUUCCCGUCCACGAGAUAUCUAUGUUUUAGGUGCUGCCCUAAGUAUUCUUCUCAGAAGGAAUCAUCAUUACCAUCAAUAAUCGCAACGUGGACGACUACCAGGUACCACGAGCUAGCGGACUACACGCUGUUCAUCCACAGUGACCCUGGGGACCACAUGCACCUUGAAUUCCUGCAAGUAGUGCUUAAGAGCAUCGCGAUAAAGGCCUUCGAUCAACACUUCAUGCAUUUGAACGGCCCACGACAUGUCCGCACCAUGACUCCAUGCAUUCAAGCCAUUGCGGAGCGCAUUUUCGGACACCAGCUAGAAGGGACUGUGGGUCCAUACUUAUGAGUAGAGGCCUCAUAAUUUUUCUUUGGCAAAGAGAAAUAGAGAGAUAUGUACUAGAGAUAGUCUCACGUCAUUAUUUUCAGAAACUUCAAAUAGUUUGACUUGGUGUUGCUAUUCCUGUAUUGACUUUUCUUUCCCACCUUCAUUCUUCUGCUGCGCGCAGUUUCUGGUGUCGAGGGAUCGCAUCUACACUCGGGAUCGGGAAUUUUACGCGAACAUGCUCACAAUGGUGAACGGCACACUUCCAUAUGACCUUUGCACAACCUCAAGAGUAGCGCGAAGUACGCAUUGCUAUGGCAUGGAGUUUCUGUGGCAUGUAGUUUGGGGGGAGCCGGGGGAUCCGCCAUUGAGGCAAGAUGACGCGAACUUGCCAACAGCAUUCAGGCUAAAAUUUGGAGUGGAACACGAGAAAAGCGAGUGGAACGAUGUCGUGCUGUCGCCUAACGUAAAAAUAAACUAUCUUGAUUUGCCUUCUUGUAUCAAGUUCGUUUUAAUCAGUUUAAUGGUUUUCUCCCUUGAUUCGCGUUGUAGUGUUCCUACGACCACAUGAUAUUGUGACACCGGUUUCUUGAUUUCCCAAUAACAUGUACCCGCCACGCCUUCAAACGUCACCAUCAUGCAGGUUCCGAAGAAAAUAGUAACGAAGCAAGAGUGGGAUGGCGAGAAGUUCGUGUAUCUGCACGGCGGUCCGGGUUCUGAAGAGCGUGGCGAUCUCGAUCCGAGACCAGAGUGGACUGAGACCUACCGAACAGGCGAUCCUUUACCCCCUGAAGCAGGUACGCCGACGGAGUCAAAAGGGGAAGUUGAGUUGUAAUCGCGCUGCGGAACAGUAGAGAAAUCUAAAUCUAGAGAGUGAGACGCUAAGGUGCGAGAGAGCAUCCGAUAUUGAGUUCUUACUAGUGUCAUUGUUGCGCUUUUCACUUGACAUUUCAACAAUAUAAGACGGCUCGGUAAUAAGCCGUUAGCACGCAUUAGAAUGUGUCAUCUUGUUUAUUUCGCCCCACACUUAAUGAUUACUUUUAAAGCACAUCCGAGACGCCGUCAGUGAAUGUAACAUUGAAACAUUGAACGAAACCCAUACAAAUGACAUGAAUUUAUUAUGAACGCAUAAACCUUCCGGAACGAAAGGACAAUGUGCUGAAUAUCCAAGCGAUUUGAGGAUGCAUAUGGCCAUCCGCAC